AUGCCCAAUCAGAAAGACGAGAGAUUAAGCCCCACGAUGCUCCUGGUAGAGGCUCACCACGUCGAGGGCUUGGUUUUCAAGCCUACCACGCCGCCAGUGGUCAAGACAAUGACCAGGAAGCAGGCAGAAGCUGUGGUACACCCCUUGCUAGAAAGGCUUCCUUCUGGCGGAUGGCGCAACGAUGAAGUACACCAGCGACUUGCAGCGACGGUGACCAAGCAGAUGAUUAUGGUUUUGGCUCCAGAAAUAAGAGCGGCUCUCGGAGAAUGGUCCAAAAAGAGGGACCAGCCAACGAUUCUACGGUGGACCGAAGAAUCAGCAUCGUUGAAUAUCCAGCAGGUCGAGUGGACAGAAACGCCGGCCGGGGGGGUUCUGGAGGAUAUGAUGAAGCUGUCGGAUGAUCCGAACCUAGGUCACGCUGCCAGUCGACAGAAGCUUCAGAGCUUGAUUCGCCUCAUAAAGCUUCACUUUGAUCAAAAGGAAACAAAGCAGCUGGAGUGGGUGAGGGAAGAUGCAUACGACAGCAGUGGUGGCGUACGGAAGAUCGCCCGGCAGCUGUUCCAACAGGUCAAGGCAGAAGUCCGUCAGGAAGUCAAGAAUGGCGUGAUGAAGCUUGUGGUCGGUGGGCCUGAGAGGAAGGCGGCAGAGUCUUGA